UCCGGUGACAGGAAUCGUAACGUAUAGUGGUCAUAAUGUUUGUCAUUUUUGUAUAAUUGUUUUCAAAUGUGUCAAAUGUGUUCACGAGCCCAAGAAUUUCACAAAAUCAGAAAAAUCCAACGAAAGCUUAAUCACUGCAUUUAAUAAAACAAAAUAAACUGAAUUUAUGAAAUCCCCCAGACUUUGCAAAGCUUUGAAAGUAAAUUUUGUUGUUGGUGGAAAGAGGUUACAAGGCGAAGACAAGAAACAUGUCACGUCACAGAAUUGUUCGAAGGAUGGACUACGACGACGAGUACGACGGAUAUGAUGAUGUCUACGGCCACUCCGUCGAUGAUGAUAGCUGUAUAUCGCCCACAGAUGCCCAACAGUGGCUGUACGACCGGGCGAGGGGACAUCAAUCGAUGUCGGCAUUUAUGCGUGACAAUAAAGACAUUGCCGAAGAGGAAGAAGACGAGGAUGCUGAGGAGGAAAAGUCGUAUGAAAAGUCCAGAAGAAAUUCGGAUAACUUUCAGAUGCCUUCAUUGAACGAUUUGGAAAAGGCCCAGUUGACAUCGUGCAUUGAUGAGGUUAGAAGUGUUGUGGGCGAUACCAUAUCCGAGAAACGAAUUGUGGAGACUUCGAUAAAAUUUGCGUAUGAUAUUAAUAAAAUAUUAGAUGAAAUACUAAACGAUGAGACGGAGAACAAAGCUAAACGUAUGCAGAAGGAUGUCACAGCUAAUGUGAUAAGCAAAGCAGCAGUGCCGCCGAAAAUCUUGCUGAGUGAGUUGGCAGAUAGAAAAACAUCUGCCCCUGCGACACCAGUUGUUAAGGUCACAGCUGCACAAAGUGAAGUAAAGCGAGGCUUUGAGGUAAGCUCUCCAGCUUUGCCAAGUUCCCCGGCCCUUUCUGGACGCAAUACUCCCGUCGAAUUUGUCGACGAUUCCAAUAAAAAGACUGCAAGUGGUGGUGGCGGAGUUUUGGAUGCAAAUGUUUUUAAGGUUUCCAAAGAACAAUCGCAGCGUGAUGCCAAACAAUUAUACGUCAAGGAGCGUUCCGAUCAAAAACAUAAUUUCCACAUGAUUGUCAUUGGACAUGUGGAUGCUGGCAAGAGUACGUUAAUGGGCCAUUUGUUGUACGAUACCGGCAAUGUUUCGCAACGAGUUAUGCACAAACAUGAACAGGAGUCCAAGAAAUUGGGCAAACAAAGUUUUAUGUAUGCCUGGGUAUUGGAUGAGACUGGCGAGGAGAGAGCAAGAGGUAUCACCAUGGAUGUUGGACAUUUCCGUUUCGAAACGGAAACGAAAAUAAUCACACUUCUUGAUGCUCCAGGCCAUAAGGAUUUUAUACCCAAUAUGAUAUCAGGUGCUACACAAGCGGAUGUAGCCCUAUUGGUUAUUGAUGCCACCCGAGGAGAGUUUGAGUCUGGUUUUGAUUUAGGCGGUCAAACACGAGAACAUGCCAUCUUGGUGCGUUCACUGGGCGUCAACCAAUUGGGUGUUGUAAUUAACAAACUCGACACGGUAGACUGGUCCAAAGAACGUUUCGAUGAAAUUGUUCAAAAACUCAAAGUUUUCCUUAAACAAGCUGGCUACAAAGAAUCCGAUGUAACAUACACUCCAUGCUCAGGAUUGACUGGAGAGAAUCUCGCCAAACCAGCCACCGAGCCUGCCCUUAAAGCCUGGUACAAAGGUCCACAUCUAUUGGCUGUUAUAGAUAAUUUUAAAAUUCCUGAACGCUCUGUGGACAAGCCAUUUCGUAUGUCUAUUUCGGAUAUAUUUAAGGGUACAUCUUCAGGAUUUUGUAUAUCGGGUCGCAUAGAAACCGGUGCCUUGUGUGUCAACGAUCGCGUAUUGGUGGGAGCUCUCAGAGAACAAGGUCAAGUCAAAAGUCUGCUCAUAGAUGAAGUGCCACAAAACAAUGCCUUUGCCGGGGAUCAAGUGGCCAUUACACUGUCAGGAAUUGAUGUAAAUAACAUUACUGUGGGAGGCAUUAUAUGUGAUCCGCAGCAUCCAAUACCGGUGACGACACGUUUUCAAGUUCGUCUGCUAAUUUUCAAUAUUAAAGUACCAAUUACAAUUGGUUUUCCGGUGCUAUUGCAUCAUCAGUCACUUAUCGAACCAGCUGUUAUUAGUAAACUAAACGCACAGAUACACAAGGGUACGGGGGAGGUUAUUAAGAAAAAACCACGUUGUUUGGGCAACAACACCUGUGCCCUGAUUGAACUGGAAACAACAAGACCCAUAUGUAUAGAACGUUAUUCGGACUUUAAGGAAUUGGGUCGCAUAAUGUUACGUGUUUCAGGUGUUACAAUUGCAGCUGGUAUGGUAACAAAAAUACGUUGAACGCGACGAGUAACAUCGUAUAUGCCGAUCGUAAUCGUUACCUUUUCUAUACGAAGAAAACGAAAAUGCUUUAUUUUCUUGUUUUGCAAAAAGUAUAUUAUUUUGUUUCUUUUCUUUUUUUUUUUUUUGUAAUUGAUCGUUAAAUUUUUGUAACGAAUUUUUGUAUUUUUUUAAAUUGUAAUUUUAGUUUUUGCCCAAAGUGUUGGCCAAUUUAAGUAAAAUAAAAUUAACAAUAAAAAUGCUAAUCAAU